GGGGGGGGGGGUGUAUGGGUGGAUUUCCCCAACUAUUUAAGCAGAUUCCAACAGAUGGUCGAGGAACUUUCCUCCGAGGGUCACGUUGCUCUUCUAUAACGGCCCUGACUACUUCUUCAUCUCUCUCCCCUUCCCUCCCCACAAAACUCUUUCACCUCCCAGGACAAGCAGCUUCUCCUCCUCCCCUGGACGUCUGAAAACAACCUUCUGAAGGACCGAGCUGAAACCUCGGAGGUUUCCCCAGGCCUUAAACCUGUUCUCUGCAGUCUCAGCUCCCCUGAAGACCAUACUCUGUCUGUCUGUCUUCCUUCACUUUGGGACCCAGACAGGUAUUGUCCUCCCCGGCGUUCCUCCACUGUGGGACCAGGCAUCCAGCUCCUUCACUCUGCGAGGACGGUGGAGCGAACCAUGCCCUCCGACUUUCUGACGCCUUUCCUGGAACUGGAUGAGGAGUUCUUCAAGAAUUUCCGCGGCCUGGAGGCGACAGAUGGCUCGCCCACCGGCUCACAGCCUCAACGGCAGCAGCACAGCGACCGAGUCAUGGGCUUCCAGCGUCGCCAUUCUCUGUGCCCUGUGACCCUCCCCAACUCCAAGUUCAACAGCAGCGCCAGCAGCAGCUCUGAUGUGAUCGACUCGGUUGGCUGGGGGCUCAACGCGCCCUCCAGCCAGCAGUGGAACAGGGAGAGUCAGCUCCCCCUCUCCUCGCUCAGCCACAUCCCCUUCAGAGUCGACCGCUCGGUCAGCAUGAUCGAGGGCGGCAGCUUGGGAGCCAAAGAAGAAAAAACGGCUAACUUUUCCCCCAAACUGCUGCUCCCUCCACCUGGCUUCUGCCUCAGCAACAGCUCCCUCUCCUCCAUCGCUUCCCCCUCGUCCUCCAGACCCCCGGCUCCCUCGCCUCACAUCUCCACCCGGUACAAGACCGAACUGUGCCGCACCUACGAGGAAAGCGGCACCUGCAAGUACGGCGCCAAGUGCCAGUUCGCCCACGGCAUGGACGAGCUCAGAGGCCUGUGCCGGCACCCCAAGUACAAGACGGAGCCGUGCCGCACUUUCCACACGAUAGGCUUCUGCCCGUACGGCGCCCGCUGCCACUUCAUCCACAACGCCGACGAGAUGCUGGACGGCAACGCCGGCGCACCCCCGCAGAAACCGAAGCUGAGGCCUCCGCUGCUGCGUCAGAGCUUCAGCUUCGCGGGCUUCUCCUCCUCGCCGCAGACUUUCCAACCGGUUGACGAGCUGCAGCCUUCCUCCCUGCUCUUCACACGGGCCUCCUCCGUCUCCCCUCCCCCGUCCUCCACAGGGAGCCCCGAGCUCCUCUCUCCUCUCUUCCCUGAGCCGGGGGCGCUGAAGCAUUGUCCCUACCCCUUCUCUGGCAUCGGCGACCUGGGAGGCGACGGCGGCGAUUCGGCUCCACGAUUCUACGCCGUGACAGAGUCGCUCAGCGGCAAAUGUCCCGCCUCCGCUUUCACUUCCAAAAAUCCUCUCCUCCCGUACCACUUCCCCCAGCAGCUGCCGACCUCCCUGAGCGGCCUAGCUGGCCUUCAGCGCUGCUCCUCGGCCGACUCACUUUCCGAGGAGGGCUACACCUCCUCCUGCUCCCUCAGCUCCUCCUCCAGCGGCACGGAGUCGCCAAGCUUCGAGGGCCGACGCCUGCCCAUCUUCAGCCGGCUGUCUGUUACAGACGAGUAGGGGAAGGGUUUUACUGUCGGGCUGAAUUAAAUCAGGGGCCGAUGCUCUAAGUGUUCAACUCUAUGUGACGAGAAUGUGAUAAUCGGGUUUUUUUGCCUAGUCCAAAAACCAAAAAGCAGCUUUGACCUGUGUUUUCUAUGCACAAUAGAGGGUCUAAAUAAAGCAGAAACUUCAUUAUCACAAGAGAGGAGACAAACAUUAGGGUUUCAGUCCCUCCCUGAAUCCAGCUAGGUAAACGUACCUAACUUUGUGCAUAUUGCAUUUCUCAUCCAAGCAGCUGUAGCGCUGCUCAGUGUUCGUCCAGUUUUAGCUGACUUCUUUUUUGUUCUUUUUGUUUUUUAUAAGGUUGUCCUUUUACGCCAUUGUUACUGCUGUAUACUGUUGUAUACUCAAUUUUUUAAAGAGAAUGCUUGUAGGGUACUUCACUUAGCUCGGCAUUUGCUCCAUUGCUAUCCCUACUCAGUGGGAACUUUUUGUGUACCCGGACCGAAGGAUUUUACGAUGUAUAACUGGUGUACUUUCCACUUUUUCACAAAUCAUAUUUGUUAUUUUUGCUCCUUACAAACAGUGAUGCCAACCUGCAGCUCUUCUCCAGUCACAUUAGGGCUUUCCAACUGUGUGAAACCAAACUCUUGUCCAUGAGUAAGAGGGUUUAAUAACUGUAUGCUGUUACUGAUUGAUUGAUUUAUUAAUUGAUUGGAUGUACGGCUGUGGCUACUUGAUUGUACUUGUCAACCAUUGUCACUGCCUGGCAAGGAUUCAGCUAAACUACCUUAGCAUCAAAUGGUUUGGCAACCCUCUGACUCUCUAGUUACCAAAGUUGAUGUUAGAGUUCCCCUUACCGACUAGCAUUGCUAACACCUAGCCUAGCCUUUAACUACCACAGAAAGUGUACAGUGUUAUGAUUAUUGGUGUGAUAGCGUAACACUUUUGUAGACUUAUUUAUUGGGUUUUGAAUUAAGUUGACGAGCUUGCUUUGUGAUUGUGUUUGUGCAUUUGUUUCAUAAUCCUACAGAUAUUAUGCUUUACGUCUGUAUUAUUCAUGAUGUCCAUCUGCUUGGUUUGUACUAUCCAGUAGCUUUAAGAAGGCUCGCGGAGAGGAGAGGAGAGGAGAGGAAAGGAAAGGAAAGGAGGAGGAGAAACAUUUUGGCAUUCUAUAAUGUAUGUUGCCUUAUUGGCUUAUAGGCCGGCAGAAAUCAGGACUCACUGAGGUUUCACAUCAAACGCAGCUCGAUAAGUUUCUCUCUUCCAAUAGAGACGCCGACUGAUGAUCUUUAGCGUGUUGGUGUGAACACACAGUGAGUCUACUCUCCUCUCCGCCACGCCUCACACACCUGACUGUAAUAACCUUUUUCUCCAAUUGUUAAGGGCUGUUAUCUAAAUACGAAGCAACGCGGUGGUAAAAGAGGGGUUUCCCCACACAUUCACGGCCUCAGUGUGUGUCAGAUAGAAACGUGUCUACACAACGAUCACAUGAAUAACACAUUGUACGUGUGUGAUUUAUCAGGACUGCUGGAUUGCUACGUUGUGGUCAUAAUGUGUGGAAACUCCUACCGUUUUUUUAAAAAUCCUGUGUGCUAUCUUCUCUUGUUGGGGGCAAACAGGGGGAAAUGAGACCUUUGUGUAUAGUUGAUUUUUAUCUCUCAGAGUUGCCUUGAUGACAAUGUGUUUGUAGGUCGACCUCUGUUGCACGCUAGCUAGCUAACUCUCUGGGCGGCAGGUGAAAUCAAGCGAGUUAAAA